AACCCUUUCAUUUGGACCCCAACCUUCCGGCUGUGGGUCGCCAUUAUUCUUCCUCCGGAGAGACACUGGAGUAAUUUCGAUUUAGAAUAUUGACAGAAGCUCAGUGAAAUCGCGCUUUCCAAGUCUCGCAGCCAUUAUGUAAAUGUGGAGCCAGUACAUAUAAAGGAGCAUUUGAAUGCUGGCACGCAUCAGAUUGGGAAAAGGAAAAGAGCAAGCUGUUUCUUGUUGAUUUGGGGAGUGGACCAGCACCGACGCAACUUGUGUCGCUCCUGGCCCGAAUUCCCAUGUGCAGUUCGCUGAAACAUGCUUGUGCCGACCUGAGCUCUCAAGCUUCUUUUCCGGAGUCGCCGCCGGGACGUGCCAACCGGAGAACUGCUCCUGAGGCUGCCCCGUGGGCAGUUGCCUUGCGGAAGCAGCCCGGUUCGGUUCAGCUCGGUUUGGUUCCACUGCAGCUCUGUGCCAAUACCCGGAGUCCAAUGGGAGAAGGUGCGCUGCCUUUACGUCAAGCCUGCCCGGUUUUCGGGUAUUUCCGUUAAUAGCAGCGGUUCAGUCGUUUACGCAGGAGGACAACUUUUCGGAGGCUACAGAACUGGUAUAAACCCAUCAGUAUUCACCUCCAAAUCCCAAGGGACCUGAUCUGCCUGUGGCUUUCGCUGUCGUUCUGGCUCCGCCUCCCAGCAGCAGAACGUGCUUGCAGGCGCAGCAGUCUGCGUGCUCCUCUCUGUCCCUCAGCCUGUGCCUGCCAGCCUAUGCCUCCAGCACCUCGCAGCCCACCAACGCCAUGUGCCUUUCGCAAACCAUGGAAGUGGGGAAGCAGGGCAAAAGCCUGGGGCCAGGCCGGAGCAAAGGAGGCGUCCUUCUGCAGCCCUUUGUUCACCAGGUGGGAGGUCACACCAGCAUGAUGCGCUAUGACGAUCACACAAUCUGCAAACCCCUCAUACAAAGAGAGCAACGCUUCUAUGAGUCCCUGCCUCCAGAAAUGAAGGAGUUCACGCCAGAGUACAAAGGAGUGGUGCUUGUUUGCUUUGAGGGCGACAGUGACGGUUAUAUCCACCUAGUUGCAUAUCCUUAUGAGGACAGUGAGGGAAUGGAUCAUGAGGAAGUGCCUGAAAGGGACCAACCACGCAGGAAACACUCGCGCCGCAGUUUGCACCGAUCUAGCAGUGACCACAAAGAAGAAAGAGUGCCACAUGACGGUGACAAUUCAGAGAGCAUUCAAGAACUAAAGAGUCCCCGUGUUGAGCAGCAAAUCCAGUCAGAUGUUCCUUUUCAGAUGUUGGAUGGAAACAGUGGGCUGAGCUCAGAGAAGAUUAGCUACAAUCCUUGGAGUCUCCGUUGUCACAAGCAGCAGCUCAGUCGAAUGCGCUCUGAAUCCAAGGACCGGAAGCUGCACAAAUUUCUGCUGCUGGAAAAUGUGGUACACAAAUUUGAGUACCCGUGCAUCUUGGAUUUAAAAAUGGGGACUCGUCAGCACGGAGAUGAUGCCUCUGAAGAGAAGGCAGCUCGACAAAUGAAGAAGUGUGAGCAGAGUACAUCAGGCACACUCGGCGUAAGGGUGUGUGGCAUGCAGGUUUACCAGAUUGACACCGGUCACUAUCUGUGCAGAAACAAAUAUUAUGGCCGCGGACUGUCUACCGAAGGAUUUAAACAUGCUUUGUACCAGUUCCUCCACAAUGGCACUCAUCUCCGCAAGGACCUCUUCAAACCUAUCUUAGGCAAGCUACUUAGCCUGAAAAAUGUACUGGAAAGGCAGGCUUCUUAUCGUUUCUACUCCAGCUCUCUUCUCGUCAUCUAUGAGGGGAAAGAUGAGACGGCCGAACCAUUGUCAAACAAAGCAACAGAUGCUGCAGACGUUCAUGCAGCCCCAGCUCCUCUCCCCGAGGAUAACACUCGUCUUCUUCCAAAUGUAGAUGUCCGCAUGAUAGACUUUGCUCACAGCACCUAUAAGGGUUUUCGUGAUGACCAAACAGUCCAUGAUGGACCAGACAGGGGCUAUGUGUUUGGACUGGAAAGCCUCAUUGACAUUCUUGAAUGCAUUCAAGUGGAGAACCAGUAGGUGUGCUGAUCUUAGAUGCUAUUUAACAUAAGGGAGGUAUCCAUAAGGGUAAAUAAAAGUCAAGGAGAGCACAACGCUGCUGCUGCAGUAAUGGUGAAGAGUACCACUGACACGCACUUACAAGCCUCUCUUUCCAGGUUUGGAAUUUGCUAUGGUUCCUAAAGUUGCAACUGACUCUCUGCGGCAGACAAGAACUCUAAACUAGGACAGCACUGAAUUCUGUCAUCAUAUACGGCCACUGUGUGGCUAACAUGGACAGCUGCUGGCACCACAGGGCCUGUCCCAGGAGUGACAUGGAAAAAAAAAUUCUGUGAAUGGCCUCGCCAGAUUCUUUAGAUUCAACUUUUAAGUUUUGGAAAAAUUAUAUUAGAUUCUAUUUUCGUAUUCUCUUCCUCCAGGUCCAUGACUGCACUUUUGUCGGGUGUGUUACCUAAGCAAGCUUUUUAAGCAGGCUCUGCUAGUGUUGCCUCUGAGCCAUACACAUUUAUUCUUGCCAAAUGUCGGCUUUAAGGACAGACUCUGAUGUGCGAACGCUGUAAGCACAUGAUAAAAGCAGCAGCCCAAGCAAGUCACCAAAGUGUUUUGUUGUUUUAUAAAUCUCUCUCUCUCUCUCUCUCUCUCUCUCUCUCUCUCUCUCUCUCUCUCUCUCUCUCUCAUACAUGUAUAUAAUAUUAUAUAAUAUAAUAUUAUAAGGUGAAACAUCAUGACAUUGUAACCUACUACAGUAUGCUACCAACCAACUAACCAACCACUGCCCAUUGGCUCGUCAAGCCCUGCAAAGCUCUUGUAACCACUGCUCAGCAGACGAUUAGCAGCAUCUGCCUUGUGUUUAUUUCUCCCAGUUCAGCCGACCACUGCCUCACAUUUUUGUUCUCGUUGGCCUCUGUGUAGCUUAUUUUAAGCCCCGACUUUCUUGUAGUUUUCAAUAUGGCUAACUUUUAGAUUGGUUUUAGAAAUGAAACGUGCAGUUCAGGUGUAGUUUAUAGUUUAAUUUUAGCAGUUUUCCUUGUUGGCAAUUAUAUACGCUUUACGUCAUGGGCUUGUGUGUGGGCUGUGUUUCGCAGUAUUGAGAAAAGGGGAAGGUGGGCUGCAGCCUGACUCAUUUCAGAUGAUUAAUGGUAAAGCUGCUACACGUUAUUUUCACACUGAAAACCGCUGACAUGGAGUAUAAGCUGAAUUUGUAUUAGAGCAGACUCUUGCCAAAGUGUGUGUGUGUAUUUCUAUGUAUGUGCA